AACGAACGCGUGAGUAGUACAAAGCUUUAUUUUUUUAGAAUGUAAAGUAUUAAGUAUUUAGGAUCUGCAGUGGCACAGAAUUCAGGAAUUCUUAGAAUUCGUUGGCUGCUGCGAUCAGCAAAGAUGGGAUUUGUUGGGUGGGGGGUUGUUUUAUUUGUUGGUAACAGUGGACACCAGAUCCGCCAUUUUAAUGCGUUGUAGAGACAGUGACAGAUAUCGUCUGUUAAGGAAGGAUACGGGUCUGGCUUUUGCGAAGUAUAUGUUGUUGGGGUCGGAGUGAUUUGGAUGUGCUGUGCCAAUAUUGUAGUGACAUGUUUGUGAAACGUUCUCAGAUAUUUGGAUUAUGGGAUGUGUGCGUUUAAGCUACGAUAUAACUACUCGAAUGUGUCCAAAAACGGCCAUGUUUGUUUGUUAAUAAGACGAUACAAAACGCAGUCGGUCGUACUGUGAGCAGUGACGGAGAUAAUAAUAAACAGUUUAGCUCUAGUUGUUUUUGUUUUGUGUCUGGCUCAUUUAACAAUUCACGAUUGUUAUCAAAUCAAGUGUAUUGGAGUGCAGUGAAUGGUUGCCUCAAAUGUCCUUUAAACUCUUAACCUACAACCCAACAACCAUAAACAAGUGGAAUGUGACUUUAGCUGUUGUCUGCACUUAAACAAUCAACAUGAAUUUUACAUUGAUGAGCAGCAUAUCUCCGGAUAUAAAGGGUGGCUAUGAGAUCAUUGAUAUCAAUGCCCCACCAAUACCCGUAGAUACAUGGAACCAAAAUAUAAGACAAGAGUUACUAAAAGCUACAUAUGAGAGGUUAUCAAAAACCAUAAAACUGUAUACAAAAAAUGUAACCAAGUAUGCAGAACUCACCCAACAAAAAAAGGAACUACAGGAACACAUGAUAAAACACAUGCAAUAUUUUAAAUCCCAGGCUUUGGAUUUGAAUGAAUGCACUGAUACUGAGUAUUAUGAGCUGCUAGAGGACAUAUUGGUUACCUAUUGCAAGCUGGAACUUGAUGUAAUUAAUAGGAGAUUCAAGAGUCACAAACAGUUUGUGAAAAGAAAUGAAUGUUUUCUGAAAGCAGCCAAAGAAAAAAUACUCAGAGCUAUCAAAACGUUCCUAAAUGACCGUGAAAAACACAUAUUGCAUGUCCUAUUAAAGCUCAAAUACAAUACAAAGUCUGAAGCAUGUCGGCGAAUUAUGUCUGUUGUGUACCAGCAUGUACUCUUCACGGAUCCAAAACAGAGUUUUUCAACAGAGGCAUUUUGUCGAAAUUACAUAAUACUUAUGAAAUUUAUGGAGUUAGUACCCAAUGGUGACCACAAACAUAUGGAAUCUUUACUUUUCAAGAAAUUCCAUAUGAAUGCAAGCAGUCUAAUGACAGAUAAGAUGCUAAAUUUUGUUCUGACAUUGAAGAGCACCUCUUUGGUUGAAUUAAUCAAUAUCAAAAGGGAUGUUGUAAAGAGGUAUUUCAAGGCAAUUAAUAAAUUUGCUUAUAAUACAGUUGACUUUACAAAUGCAAACAGUGAUUCUAUAAUUAUGGACAAAAGAGUUAUUGUUAUAACUGGUGAUAGUGAUGAAGAUGAAGAUUGUCAAAUUGGCUAUAUUGAGGAAACUAUAAAACCUGUUGAUGUAAUAAACUUGGAUGAUGAUGAUGUGACAGAUCAACCAAAUGUACCUAACACUCCUGAAUGUAGUACAAGUAAUACUGCAUUGCUGAAUAGAACUCACAGGAGGAGACAAAGACCAUUGGGUGACAUUAGUGCAAGUGAACUGAAUAUAGGUGAUAGUGAUAAAACAAAAACAAUUAAUGUUAACAAAUCAGUUGACACCAAAGAUAAUAGUACUCAAUCAAAAACUGCUACAGAAAGUUUAAGUAAAGAAAAUUUUAAAUUAUUAUUGGAUAAAGAUGUUAAUGAUAUGGAUAUAAAAGUUUUAGAAUCUCAAAUUCAAGAUAAACUCUCAUCAAAACCUGAGGAUGUAGAAGUUAUGGAAGUUGAACCAUCACAUCUCAAAAUUGCCAUGAAUUCAAAGAUACCAGAGAAAGCAUUUAAGAAACCAGAAACAAUAAUAGACCUUAUUGAACUUGAUGAUAGUGAUGAUGAAAUGGAUUUAGUUGAAACAGAACCCAAGAACACACAAGAAUUAAGUAAAAUAGUUGAUGAUAAUGUUAUAAUUGACGAAUCAGUUUCAACUACAGAUGUCAAUAAAAUUAAUGAUGUUCCAGAAAAUAAUGUUGUUACUGAGACUGAAGUAGAAAAAGAACUGAUGGAAGUAACUGAACCAUCUUCUAGGGAAAUAUUGGAAGAACCUCAUACAGAAAGUCUUCAUUCUGUAAUAGAUGAAGAUAUUGUAAUGGAAAAAGAAAUUGAAGUAGAACGUGAAACUAUUAUUAAACUUCCAGAUGAAAAUCAAGUUCAAGAGAUUCUACAUAAUAAUGACACAUUCACAAUAGAUGAAACUAUAGCAGAAGUAUAUUCUGAUGAAGCAAUUUCCAAAGAAACAACAAAUACUGAUAAUCAAACAUCAGAAAAUAAACAGUUUGAUGAAGAAAAUCUUUUGGAAACCCUGGAUAAUGAGAACGUAACAGAAUCAAAUACAAUAUCACAUGAAAACGAAUUAAGUAAUAUUGAUUCUAUGGACAUUGAUGAAGAAACCCCAAUUGAAAUCGAAGCAGAAGACACUUCAACGAAUUUAAAUGAAGCAUUGACAUCAGAAAUUAACAUUAAUAAUGAAGAAACAGUCUUAUCAGAAUCUGACCAGAUUUGCAAUGAAAAAGUAAUUCAGACUGAUGAUGAAAUUAUUAAUCAUGAAUUUGAAUACAAUAAAACUCCAGAAACUGAAAACAUAUCUACUCAAGUUAAUACUGACUUGGAAGAUUUGUCAAGUGCAGAGUUUAUUGAAGAUGUAUAUCAGUCUGAAGGCCAAAUGUUAGAGGUUUGCACUGAAGAUAACAUUGAAGAGGAAUUACAAAAAGUCUUGAAUUUGGGUGACAAUAUUCCUGUUACAAUAGAUGAAAAUCGGCAAGAAUAUCCUGAACCCGUACCAGAAUCGGAAACCCAAAGAAAUUUGAGUGAUAAUAUUCCUGUUAAAAUAGAUGAAAAUCGGCAAGAAUAUCCUGAACCCGUACCGGAAUCGGUAAUAGUAAUGCCAAAAGAGAAAAAAGUCCAUAGUGUGACUAACAUCAUUGUAACUAAUAUGCAGGUUGAUCCUGUAGUUGAAGAUAACGGUGACUACCGUGUCGAUGAAAACUUAAGUGCAAACGAACCGUUGAAUAAUAAUAUACUAUGGAAUAAUGAACCUAAUGUUCAAAACGAAAUAUCAACAAAUAAGGAUUUAAGUGAUAUUAUUAUAACAAAUGUUACAACGUUGUGCGACAAAGAAACUAAUAAACCGCAAGUUGAUGAUGUUAAUUCUGUUUCUGAUGAAGCUUCGCAAUUAAAUCCUAAAUAUCAAUACGCAUAUGGUCAAUUUACUCCUCCAUUUGAUUUAUCAUCUGAUACGGAAUCCAGCUCUACUGUCGUGGAAAAGGAAUCUGUCGAAACUCAGACAAUAUCUGCAAUGCAAAAGGAAAAUGAGCUUCUAAUGUCCGAAGAAAACGAUGUUGAGGAUGAAAGCGUGGAGACUAUAACUGAAGCUCCUAUAGUCCAAAAAUCCUCGGAUCGGAAAUCUUCGCUAAAAGGCAAAAGCAAACGUAAAGCAAAAGCUUCAAUCCCAGCUUCAUAUUUGACGGGUGUUGAAUCAUUUUAUGAUGAACAAUUCUUAGAAAAAACCAUGGACAAAGGAGUUGAUCUCCCAAAUACUGCGAAUGAAAAAGUUGCAAAAACAAAAACGAAAGAAUUAGUGGAUGACAAAACAAGUAGCAAGACACCACCAUCUCCAAGUAUAUUAAAAACCGUUAAAAAACGUAACUCCAAAAAAGCAUCUAUUGAUAUGUAUAAGGAGCCAAAUGAUUAUGAAGCUCAAUGGAACUUUGAUACACCAAUUACUCAAGCAAGUCCAUCUUCAUCGACAGUUAAAAAAACCAAAGCUGGCAAGAAAAAACAACAAAAUGAUGAAAUACAUGAUCCACCAAAAGUAAUGCUCAAUCUCAGUAAAUCUAAUUUUGAUUUAUCUAAAGUCAAAUUCCAACUGAAUGCCGAAACAAACGAAACGGCCGCAUCUCAAACGCGGAAAAAGAAUAUUGCAUCAACUGCAAAAGUUGAAAAGGGUCCUACUAUCUAUUGCUAUGGUGUUCGACAGGAGGACCUUUUGGUAUUCCAUCAUAAACCAACAAUUAGAUUGGAAAUUAAGAGUGAGAAGCAGUUACAAUUUGACAGUUGCAUGAGAAAGCAUUACACGAAAACAUCCAAUAUGAAAAAGAUUGAACUAGGCGACUGCAAACCAAGCAGAAUUCCAGAUACAGAAGGAUAUCUUAAAACUCAUCCACAUCCAGGUAGGGUAGAUUACAGUAAUAUGUUGAGCGAACAAUUGCACGAUAGUGAUGAUGGUGAUCGAUUCGAUAGCCCACCUAUCUUAAUUACAAGUAGCGCCAAUUCACCGGAAAAAGCCCUAAACCUAACUAUUCCUUCUAAAAUUGAUGAACAAGAACUUCACAUUGAGUUUUCCAAUUCUCCAAAGUUCCUACAUGAUCCUAAACAACUUGAACAAUGCCUUAUCGAAAGAAACGAAGAAGUUACUGAUCAUUCCAUUGAUAAUUUGCUAAAUAAUAACAAAGCCACAUUUUUCUCAGACAAUUCCAAUUUUUAUACGAAAAAAAUUCUAGAUAAUACCCACGACGCUUACAGCGCAAGUUCGAUUGCACAAGGCGAUAAUGCUAAAAAUGAAACUAUUAAGUUUCAUCAUGAUGAUAGUCCGCGUAUUGACAAGGAUCCAAAUUAUAGAAAAAAAGAUAACAAGGAAAAUGAAUAUUCUGGAACCUGUUACCAAGAAAUUAGGGAAUCUACGGAAUAUCCAAAAGAAACGUAUUAUGAAUCUGCGGUGGUGUCGGAUACAUUAAAAAAUUAUGUAUCCAACUUUUAUCCUGAGGCUGAUGAUGUUAAAGAGCAAAUGAUUGUGUCAACUCCGGUACCUAGUGUUUCUAUAUCCAAUAUCACUAUACCUGCUAUCCCAGUAGCUAAUAUUCCAAUACAAAAUAUCUCGGUACCCGCUAUUCCAGUACCAAAUAUUGCAGUACCUGCUGUAUCAUCAUCUAAUAUGCCAGUAUCCAAAAUCCUAACAACUGAGCAAGCUGGUCAAUCGAGUCAUUUAGAACAAAUUUCCAAAAGUGCGGAAUAUAUGAGUGAGUCAGAAUUUAUUGAUGAUCUAAAAAAGAAGUAUGCAAUUGAGUCGCAUGAAGUCGGUAUCUUUAUGCAUCAUUUAAAAGAAACCAGAGAUUUAACUUUGCCGUUUAAAAAACGGCGAUUGUCCGUCACCCUAACAGAAAUAGUACCACAAGUCAAAGAAGAAAUCAGCUAUCCUGCAACACCCAUGAUAAGUAUCGCUGAAGUGGAAGCGGUAAAAGCCGACAUCAAAAGGGAGUUAUUCAUAAAAGAAGGCAUUGCACUUGUUCAACCUGCAAAUCAAUCUGUGUACCAUGCGAAUGCAGCAGUAAACCAAUAUUAUUCCAGCUUUAGUCCCGACUCCAUAAGAUAUAUUCCUUGUAGUGACGUUUACCAUUAUAACACAAUGAUGGCUGUCCCACCAUAUCCAAUUCCUAAUUGCCAAGAAAUACCCGCAAACCCUUUACCUCAGCAACAAACACUAUAUGACAAAUCAACCAAAAACGUUAGCAGGAAAAGGAAGACCGACAGUUGUAUAUACUAAUUUAAUUUGUUUAUAGUUAUUUAAUCAAAUGAAAAUACGAUAUAUUUUUUUUAAAGUAAGACAAAGU